AGAAACCUGAGGAAAGACACGGGUCAGAAAACACACUGUGCCGGUGACAGCAAAAUAGAAACAGAGAUUCUAACAUCUUCAAUGGAAGCGUGUCUGUCUGUGGAUAUCACUAUAUACUGCAGACCGACUACGAAAACAUGAAAACUGGGAAGGUGGACUUGAAUUUGUUUCAUAACUCUACACUUAUAUGGCUUUGAGGGACAGCAAACUACAUGUUUUGGAUACGAGGAGCACACAGAGUUGGACAGUCCCAGAGAGCUGACUAGCAUGUCAUCCAACUCCACGGCCGAUAAUCUGUGUGCACCUGACAACAACCUUUGCAUCGUAAGGGUGCACGAGCAGGCGGUGAUCAUCGUCCCUACACUGCUCCUCCUGGCCACCCUGGUUACCUUACUGGCCCUGUGCUUACUGAGAUAUUGUCCUGAACGGAAGCGGACACGGAUCACAGCCCCUCAACGCCUCCACAGCUCAUCGCACAGACACACACAAAGACACAGCCAAAGACAUCACCUACAGGGCAUUGAUGCACCCCCAGGGCUAAACCCACUGGAACAUGAAGAGCUGCCAAUGUCAGUUCAACAAGUUCAGCAGCAUGUCAGCCCAACUCUGGCUGCAGUACCACAGAUGUCCACAGAAAGGCAUCAUGGAGCCUUCAGCCAAGUCACUGCCCUGCCACUGUCCUUCUGCAUGAAGCCUAAUGACACUGUCUGCCUCUACAGAGCUCGCAUAGACAACAGGGAUGUCACCCUGAGGGUGCUGAAAGAAUCAGCAAACAGCAGUGAGAAGCAGCACUUUUUGGGUUUUGCUUCCUUCGUGUCAGGACUGGGACCGCACCCCUUCCUACCUGCUCUGCUGGGUGUGGUUUCAGUGCAGUCGCCCCUAAUGAUGGUUGUGGAGGAGCUGCAGCACAGAGACCUGUUGGGGUUCCUGUGGAGAUGUCGACAGGAUAACUCUGGUUUAGAGUCUUCAUGCAAGAUGACCGAGAAGAGGAUCUUCACCAUGGCAGGACAAGUGGCCUCUGCUCUGGAGUACCUGCACAGUCAGCGUUGCAUCCAUGGCAACGUGGGAGCUCGUAGCGUUCUGGUUGGUGGAGAUCUGACAGCGAAGCUGUGGGGACUGGGCCCAGCCUACCACAGGAGAACACAGGCCAAUUCACUGGGUGAAGUAGAGGACAUGGAGAUGAAGAAAUGGCAGGCACCUGAAGUGCUGGGCAGAGGAGCCGUCAGUCAGAGCAGUGAUGUAUGGUCCUUUGGUAUCCUGCUCUAUGAAAUGGUCACACUGGGUGACCCACCGUUUGCACAGCUCAUGGUGACUGAACUUCUGCAGUAUCUACAAAGAGGAAAGCAUCUCAAACGGCCGGCCACCUGCUCCAACUCACUGUACUCCAUCAUCAAGUCCUGCUGCCACUGGACCCCCCAACAGCGUCUCUCAAUGUCGGAGCUGAUUAGAAAACUUCAGGCGGGAGAGAAAUCAGCCAAUGGGAGGACAGUUGUCAGAUUGUCUGAACCAAUAGUCAUUGACAAAUACCUUAGGGAGGCGGGAUAUGAAAGGGCACACAACUAUUCUGUGCUCUGAUUGGCUGAAAGUGUCAUCAGUCAGGAUUUCAUUGGUGGUGCUGUUGUUGCCCCCCUACGGACUGCUGCAAGAAAGGACAAUCAAUGAUAAAGUAUAGCUGCUGCGCAGCUGUGAGGCAUUUUGAGGAGGAGGAAGAAGAAUGAGGAGGAAGAUGAAAAAAAAAAGAAGACAAAUGCAGUCCAUCAGCAGAACAUCCAGGACCAAAAUGAGUUAAAAAAUAGAAUUAAGUGUGUUAGAGUGGGGAGAUAACCUAAAACAUGCAUGGCAGUAGCUCUCCAGGAGCAGGGUUGAUGACUACUGAUAUAAGAUAUUCAUUGUGCAUCACCCUGGUCUUUAACUCACAACUGCUGUCAUCAAUGGCACAUCGUGAUCAUACCCGCAGAAACAGGAGACUCGGAGGUGGCUUCACAUUAAGACUUAUGCAGCCACCGGGGCUGUGAUAAUGGCUUAAAGGCAGAUUUCAAACUCGUGUCAAAAAUGUAGUUAUCAAGACAAAAUUCUGAGAAUUUGUGGACUUCAUCUAGACAACACAGAGAUGUUUCUAAUUUAUUUUUUACAAAGAUUAAUUGGCAAACUUGAUGUUUAAAGAUGCUCUACUUCCAUUGACUGCAAUGGUUUACAUUACAAAAUUCAGUUUUUGAGAUACAAUUCUGAAAUUUACCACACUACAUCUACCAUAAGUACAACAUUUUUUCCCAUAAACAUCGCAGAUUUAUUUUAGCGAGAAUUUGCAGUAGCUGUUUACAGUAAAACGUUUUGAUGCACUGUGGGCUCAGUUUUUUUUUUUUUUUUUUUUUGGGGGGUUAGUGAGUUAGUUUGAGUGAGUGAUGGACUUCAUAAUUCCUGGCAGCUCGAAGCAUGUGAACUAUUCUGCUCAAGUGGGCCUACAUUUUGGUGAAAGUUGCAAAGUGGUAGCACGUAAAACUGAUUUGUUUCAAAGUGUUAAACUGUAGACAGUUGCUGUAGCGCCACCAUCAGGACUAUUGGCCCACAAUGCCUGUUGAGGACAUUUGGCAUAGAACUGGAUUUAUAUGCAAAAUUUUGUUUAUUUUCACGCAUGGGAAGGCAGAUUUCCUGGGAAUAGGAAAUUAUAAUAAUAAUAACAUUGGCAGUUCCCCUAAUAACUUUAGCAGAAACAUGCACAUUGUAAUUAAUACUUGUUUGUACAGUUGGAACACUUAUGGAAGCCAUAAAGCACACUCACUUUAUUUGUUUAAAGAGUAAUAUAUAUGGAUUGUAAAUAUUUCUUUUCCUGUAAACUAUAACUAUAGUCACCCAAAAGGCUACUAUCAUUUUUAUAUUUCUAGCAUCAUUACAAGUUAGCAUGAUACCAUGUAUUCAAAUGCAUACUAAACACCCCUUUGCAGGGUUAUUUGUCAUCAUCAAGCAACUCAGCCAGAAAAAACAAAAAGUCAGCCGAAAACGGAGUUUGACAAACUCCUGGAAUUAAUGUUAAUUAGCUACCAAAUCAGAUAAACAGAUAAAAUCUGCCACUGACUGUUGUCGUCAAUCAGUGAUCGGUCACUUUUUGUCUACUUCUGUUUGAAAUUGGCAAAAUCUGUCACUGUUAUUAUUUUGAAAACUACAAUUUUGCUAUUAUAACCCCCCAAUGAUGUACAUGCAGGUGUUACACCAUAUUCUGUAAUCUAAAACAGUGUUAUCCCUUAACCUUAAGCUGAACCCAACCUUCACCCUAACUGAUCAUCUCUGUGGCACCUACCCAUAACCUACGCCGGACCUUACUGGACCUUCUCAAGGACAGAAGCUCCGAUUCAGGUCACAGUCUGACAGGCCACAGAAUACAGUGCGACACCUGGCCCUAAACUCAAAGCUCGAUAACCCGCAAAUAGUAAACUUUGAAAUAUUGCAAUGCUGAAAAUGACCCUGUGUGCAAAAAAUAAAAUAAAACCUUGCCCUAUGAACCUGUAA